GGUACAUACGAGUACAGUGCAAGAUAAAUGUUUCAUAAGAAGACGGGAACUUGCAAGCCAUAAACACAGAUGCCGCCCAAUGUCAGACUCCCUAGUAUCACCAGUUCUUUGACCAUCCUUAGUUUGUCUACCCGUCGACCCCCUCCUGAUCUUCUCGCCCUCCUCUGCCCACCAUGUCCCAGGAAGCAUCCAUGUUCUCGGCCUCCGACGUUAUAGUCAGCUACAGUCCGUUAACCGGCCACGACCUGCCCGUGCAGGAGCUCCCACUCCCCGCCGACUUUGCCUGGGGUACGGCCACGGCAGCAUACCAGAUCGAGGGGGCCGCCUCGCAGGACGGCAAGGGAAAGUCGAUCUGGGACACAUAUUCGCACCUUGAGCCGUCCCGCACCAAUGGCGAGAACGCCGACAUCAGCUGCGACCACUACAACCACAUGCCCGAGGACGUGGAACUGAUGGCGUCCCUCGGCGUCGACGUCUACCGCUUCUCCAUCUCCUGGUCGCGCAUCAUCCCGCUCGGCGGACGUAACGACCCGAUCAACGAAAAGGGGAUCGCAUUCUACAACGACCUGAUCGACCGGCUCCUGGCCCGCAGCAUCGAGCCUGUCGUUACGCUCUACCACUGGGAUGCGCCGCAGGCCAUCUACGACCGGUACGGGGCCUUCCUCGACACGGCCGAGUUCCGCGCCGACUUCGAGCGCUACGCACGGCUCUGCUUCUCCCGCUUCGGCGACCGCGUCAAGAAGUGGGUGACCUUCAACGAGCCUUACAUCAUCUCCAUCUUUGCCCACCUCAACGGCACGCUGGCCCCGGGACACUGCCGCGAAGCCGGCACCGACACCAAGACAGAACCGUGGCGCGUCGGCCACACCAUCAUCCUGUCGCACGCCGCUGUCGUCCAGAUGUACGUCGACGAAUUUCAGCCCUCACAAACGGGGGAGAUUUCCAUCGUGCUGAACGGCCACUUUUACGAGCCCUACGACGCCGCCAGCGCCGUCGACGUAGACGCCGCCGAGCGCCGCAUGGUGUUCUACAUCGGCUGGUUUGCCGACCCGGUGUUCCUCGGAACCGACUACCCGGCCGAGAUGCGGGCCUAUCUGGGCGCGCGGCUGCCCGAGUUCAUGCCUGACGAGCGGGCGCUCCUGCGCCGCACCGCCCCGUUCAACGCCUUCUAUGGCAUGAACCACUACUCCACCAAGUACGCGCGGGCGUUGGCCGACCCGCCGGCCGAAGACGACUGGACCGGGAAUGUCGAGGAGACGUCUGUCAACAGCGAAGGGAAGGAGAUCGGCCCCGCCUCGGCUAUGGGUUGGCUGCGUGUGGCGCCGUCCGGGUUCCGCAAGCUGCUUAACUGGGUCUGGAACCGGUAUCAUGUUCCCGUCAUCAUCACGGAAAAUGGCUGUCCGUGUGUUGGGGAAGAUGACGUGGCAACGGCGGUCGACGACAAGUUCAGACAGCGAUAUCUAGGCCUAUAUCUGGAUGCCAUAUCCCGGGCCAUCUACGAGGAUGGCGUCGUGGUCAGAGGAUACUAUGUGUGGAGUCUGAUGGACAACUACGAAUGGUCAGCAGGUUACGGGCCCCGGUACGGAAUUGUGCAUGUGGACUUCAAGACGCUGAAGCGGACGCCCAAGAACUCGGCAUACUAUCUGCGGGACACGUUCAAGAGUCGGAGGAGAGCAGCUUCUUAGACUAAUAUUGGUCGCAUGGCAGGUCGACGUCUCUAAGCUCUAGGUACCUUAGACUGUUGGGAUACGACACAUAGAUGUACAAGACAAUUAGAUACCAGCCCAAUAUUCUCAAUCUUGCUAGCCUUUGUCAUCCUCGCUUGCCGUUCCCGUCCCCCCUGCUCCCGUGCUGGGGUGCACGCUAUGCCCUACCGUAACCCGUCGCUUCCUGCUUGCACCUGGUCUCGUCAUGACGUUAUCCCGAACUUCGGGCCAUGGCUGUUACUAAAGCGAAGCCAUAGCAUCCAAGAAGAACCAUGACGAUGGCAAACAUAUGGCCUUCGGGGUGCUUUGACCCGCGAUGAGCACU